AUGUCACUCCUUAAAUAUGUUGACCCAGUGGUGGGUUCAGCAGCAGGAGCGAUACUAUUUACGACCCUUACACAAUAUUAUCCAGCACGAAGACUAGAGCUGUGCUCUGAAAUAGUCUGCUGGGCUGUUCUUCCCAUUAUUGUUAAGCAUUUCCCACUAUCUGGUUCGCAUCCGACACUUCCUGUAGGACAUUCAUACGAGCCGAAGAAACAAGACAACAUAACAGAUCAUACAAAAAUAUCUCAGUGGCUGGUCGCUGCUGGUAUUGCCGCAGCUGCGUUUUAUAGGGCGGAGAGUAAUAUUGUUGGAUUUUAUCCUGCUCUAACGCCUCUGUUAAUCGCAGUACACGCAUACUACUCAUCUCACACAAAAUACUCUGAUCCUCAAAUACAACCUCCUCUUAUCAACACAACAUGGGGUGCUGCAUUGACAGCCAUCUCUGCAGUAAUAUCGCUAUCAAAUGGAGAUCUCUUCAGAUCUCUCGUGUCCAUCAUCUUGGUGGUAUCUCUCCUCGUCGUCUAUAGCCUCCUCGCUCCUGGAUACAAAUUUGGAUUGCCAUCUGUAGACAUCAAGACAUGUAUCGAGGGACUAUCCUUUCGAACAGCAUGUCUACUUGUAGUUUGUAUCGCUGCACAGAUACUCAUCCUUGGACCACCUACUAGUGAUAUUAUCACUGUACUACUAUCGGGUUCGUUUAAGGCUAUGGCGUGGUUCUUCACUAUACAGACUGCGAACCAAACAUCGUGGUCCAUAGCUCCAAUCAUCGGAACAUUCGCGAUAGCGUGUACAAGAGAUCCCGCCUCUCAAACUUCUCAACUACAAGCCAUCUCUCACGUUUUGGUCUCGGCUGUUUCCCUCGUUCAGGUCACACAAUUCCUGCCAAAGCAAGCCAAGUGCAAACUGUUAAUAUGGCUAUUCCUAUCGGCAUCUAUCCUUCCCUUUAUAUUUAACGAGUACAUGAUUCACGAAGCCCAAAAUGCAGCAAUCAAUACGUUUAGCGAUACCCAACCUCAUCCUGUCGAAGUCCUUGCUGAGCGAGCGACGGAAAGAUACGAAGCUAUGAUAAAAAAUCAGUCCGCGACGUAUGAAGCUGCUGUGGCAGAGUACAAGCGCCGAUACCACAUCAAUCCUCCACCAGGCUUCGAAGGCUGGUUCCAGUUCGCCCGACGCCACAAUUCCCCAAUCAUCGACGAAUUCGACAUGAUUUCCGACUCUAUAGCCCCCUUUCUGAAGCUCAGUGGAAAGGAAGUCGCCGAAGCUAUGAAUGAGUUAUAUAAAACUCCAGGGAGUGAAGUCUGGUUCUGCGAGUUCGUGGGCAGGACAUCUGAGAUGAAAUGCAAACAUCCCCGUCGCUCUUAUGACAGACACUAUAGCUUCUUGUUUAACAGGCUUCUUUACAACCUUCCCGGUGUUCUUCCAAACGUCAAGCUUCUCAUGAACCAUUUUGACGAGCCAAGGAUGAUGAUUCCGUCAGCAAAGGGCGAUCGACAGAAACGCCUUAAGCUGACGGAUAUGUCGCAACAGCCCACGUGGGACAUUUUGACGAAGUCCUGUCCAGCCACGAAAGAAAAGACCAAUAAAAGGAUACAUGGCCUGCCCUUCGUUCAAGAUCACCUAGCCGAUUCAGACCUAUGUCAACAUCCUGAGUAUAAGAAUCUGCAAGGGGCCUUUGUAAGCCCCCAAACGUUCCCUCUAAUUGAGGGCUUAGUACCAGUUUUAUCAACCGGCGCGUAUUCGACUAUGGGCGAUAUCGUGAUCCCAAGCCCAGCUUAUAUCGAAAAAGAAUUCCAAUACGAUGGUAGUCGCGACAUGCCCUGGUCAGAGAAGAAGGACAAUCUUUACUGGAGAGGUUCAACAACUGGAGGUCACGCACACGACGGUCGGUGGAGAGAUUUCCAACGGCAAAGAUUUGUUGGAAUGGCCCAGAAUCUGGGACAUCAGAAACAUUCUUAUAUACGAAAAGAGGCCGAUUCGAUCAGCACUGCCGAAUCAGGAUUUCUGAAUGGACGAUUCUUCGACGUUGGAUUCACGAGGAUCUUUCAAUGCAACAUCAAGUUUUGCAGGGAUCAAAGCACAUACUUUGACGUCAAAUCCUGGGCAGACAAGGAUAAAGCAUUUGGAUCAAAACUUGCGUUUGAUCUUGACGGGAACGGCAUAAGCGGGCGAUACUACAAGCUCUUGUCGUCAAAUUCUCUCCCAUUGAAACAAACUCUUCUGCGAGAGUGGCAUGACGAGAGGUUGAUGCCGUGGGUGCAUUAUAUCCCUGUUAGCCAAAGCCUCAAAGAGCUACCUGAACUCGUCACCUAUUUAACUUCGACUGAGAGAGGACAGAGGUUAGCUGAAGAUAUUGCAAAUCGAGGUAGGGAGUGGAUGGGUAAAGCUGUGAGGGAGGUUGAUAUGGCGGUGUAUUUAUAUAGGUUAUUACUGGAACUUGGUAGACUUCAGAACCCAGAGCGCGAGGCGUUCUAA